AUGAUCGGGCCCCCGCACUCCACUCAACUUGGGGUGUGCUGUGGCCACAUGACGUGCAAAUUUUUGUCUACAGCUUUACUAUUCCUGGCCACUCCAGAGCUGUCAAUCAUCCACUGCGACCUGAAACCAGAGAACAUCCUGCUGUGUAACCCCAAGAGAUCUGCAAUCAAGAUAGUUGACUUUGGAUCCUCCUGCCAGCUCGGACAGAGGAUCUAUCAGUACAUCCAGAGCAGGUUUUACCGCUCUCCUGAGGUUCUGUUGGGAAUGCCAUAUGACCUGGCCAUUGACAUGUGGUCUCUGGGAUGCAUCCUGGUAGAGAUGCACACAGGAGAGCCUCUCUUCAGUGGCUCCAAUGAGGUUGACCAGAUGAAUAAGAUUGUGGAGGUUCUGGGGGUCCCACCCAGCCACAUGCUGGAUGCAGCUCCUAAAGCUAGGAAGUACUUCGACAAGCUGUCAGAUGGUCUGUGGACAGUGAAGAAGAACAAGGACAUCAAAAAGGAGUAUAAGCCCCCAGCCACACGGCGUCUUCAUGAGAUUUUGGGUGUAGAGACUGGCGGCCCAGGGGGGCGGAGGUCAGGAGAGCCAGGACACGCCCCCUGUGACUACCUGAAGUUUAAAGACCUGAUCCUGCGCAUGCUGGACUACGACCCUAAAAGCCGUAUCACGCCAUUCUAUGCCCUGCAGCACAAUUUCUUCAAGAAGACGACAGAUGAAGGAACCAACACCAGUUCAUCUACAUCCACCUCUCCUGCCAUGGACCACUCCCAUUCAACCUCCACUACUAGCUCUGUUUCUAGCUCUGGUGGCUCCAGUGGUUCUUCCAAUGACAACCGCAACUACCGCUACAGUAACCGCUACUACAACUCUGCUGUUACACAUUCAGACUAUGAGAUGACCAGCCCUCAGGUAUACACAGCACUGUAUCAUUGCCAAGCUUUACAUACAUACUGCUGUGGCAGCUUUGAGUCCUAUCCUGUGUAGAGAUAUUCCCAUGAU